ACACAGUUAAAAUGCCGCUUUCAUGAGUGGUAAAGGCAAAGAUGUCUACGAUGGCAUCAGGUAGUGGUUGCUAAUCCCUCCCUUAGCAAGGUAGACUGUACCCAUACCAGAGAAAAUGUUGGUAGACACAAGAGCAGACUAAAGGGGAAAAAAAGUUGGGCCAUCCAGAUUACCAGGCAAGGUGCUUUAAUGUGAAGAAGCCGGGACUCUCUUCCGUCUCCAUCAGAAAGGCUUCAGAUCCACGUAGGCUGUUCUUGGUGACUGGGUUUCUGAAGUGCUGAAUUAUUCUGGAAGGAAAAACACUGCACCCUGGUUUGUUGAAGCUGGACCCUGCAAGUAAAGAAUUCAUGGCUAAAGAGAGAAGGCACAAAAGAGCUUUAGCCCAUAAUCCAAUCCUGGGAGCUGGAGUCUUGGAUUCAGGAGCAAUACGUAUUUCAUUAAAACGGUAAUUUGAUUAACUGGGAGUGCACAGACUUGUCUGGAAACACUCCUCUCUUUAGGUGACUGCCCUGACAACUGGCUUACAGGAGCAGGCUCGUUCUUUCAACCCCAUGGCUGUAGAGUGGCUCAGCUCGACCAGUUUUCAAUGAUGUUUUAGGGGGGUCAUUAGCAUGUUUUGACUAUUGAUGUUUGAAAUAAUUCCAUACCGGUGUAAUACCAAUCUCCAUUCUCUGUUUAUCCAUCUGGGUUGCUUUUUCUGGCAAACUUCCCUCUCAGCAAUGAGGAGAGAAGGAGAAAAGUCUGUUACGUCUUGCUGUCCGUUUCUGAGAUAGAGUUGCAAUGAUACUUAGGUCAGCAUGUAACAAUUUUUGACUACUGCAAUACGUUCUGUGUUUCGGCUACCAAAGAAAGUGACAUAUGAACAGAUUUAUCAAAUUUCCUUUCUCCUUGAAUCAUUUCUUUGCUCUUUGGUUUAGAUGAGUUUCAUUUGUUUUCUUUUUAGGAGUUAAUGGACAAGUAAGCUAUGAAAAUCUGAGUGAAAAAUAAGAUCGUAGCACCUAAUGAGGCAGUCAUUUUCAGUAAAUCUUUCUGAAUCAAGUUCUUCUCUGCAAAUCAUAUUUAUGAAGCGCUGCUAUACACAGACGUUGACCUUGAUUCACUAGAACCAGAUUCCAUCUUAUAUGAAGACCAUAUCAAGCUAAUUGUUAAAAAAUCAGGAAUGAAGUACAAAUCGGCAAAGCUGAAAGAGGAAAAAGAAAGAGAAAACACAGAUGCUGUGAAAAGGCCUCCUGCAGACCCAGCAGUACUAACCCCACGGCCCCCGGUUGUUACUAUCUUGGGCCACGUUGAUCAUGGGAAAACAACCUUACUUGACAGCCUACGAAAAACUCAGGUGGCAUCAAUGGAAGCAGGAGGCAUUACACAACACAUUGGUGCUUUUCUUGUGCAUUUGCCUUCUGGGGAAAAGAUAACUUUCCUUGAUACUCCUGGACAUGCAGCUUUUUCAGCCAUGCGAGCAAGAGGUACCCAUGUUACUGACAUCGUCAUACUGGUGGUAGCGGCAGAAGAUGGAGUGAUGCAACAAACUAUAGAAUCCAUUCAACAUGCUAAAAACGCGGGAGUUCCUCUUAUCCUCGCCAUUAAUAAAUGUGACAAACCUGAAGCUGAUCCUGAAAGAGUAAAGAAGGAAUUGCUGGCUCACGAUGUGGUCUGUGAAGAGUUUGGAGGUGAUGUUCAAGCUGUAAAUAUUUCUGCGCUCAAGGGUGAAAACCUCAUGGUUUUAGCAGAAGCAACCGUUGCUUUAGCAGAGAUGUUGGAACUGAAGGCAGAUUCCACAGGUCUGGUGGAGGGGACCGUAAUUGAGUCUCGCAAAGACAAAGGGAAAGGUCCAGUUACCACAGCCAUCAUCCAAAGAGGAACUCUGAGAAAAGGCUGUGUUCUGGUUGCAGGGAAGACCUGGGCAAAAGUGCGUUUCAUGUUUGAUGAGAACGGCAAAGCUGUAGAUGCAGCCUCUCCAAGCAUCCCAGUGGAAAUCAUGGGCUGGAAGGAAGUCCCUUCGGCCGGAGAUGAAAUCCUUGAAGUAGAAUCUGAGCAAAGAGCACAUGAAGUUGUGGCUUGGAGAACCUAUGUUGAACAGCAGGAAAGGAUGAAAAGGGAUGAGGAAGUUAUUGAAGCAAAGCAAAAGGAACACAGGAUGGAAUAUGAGAAGAAGCAACAGAAGCUAGCCCAUCUGACCUGGAGACAGAGGAAGGCGGUGCUGUACAAGGCCAAUAAGCAUCUAAUGUUUUCAAGGCCUAAAGAGAGAACGGAGAUGGACAAAAAUGUGCUGUCAGUAAUUGUUAAAGGUGAUGUAGAUGGAUCUGUUGAAGCUAUUCUGAACAUUCUGGACAGCUAUAAUGCCGACGAUGAAUGUAAAUUGGAUAUCAUCCAUUUUGGAAUCGGAGAUAUCAGUGAAACCGAUCUAAGUCUUGCUGAAGCAUUUAAUGGUGUUGUAUUUGGAUUCAGUGUGAAAGCCAAUGAAAGUAUUAAACAGCUGGCUGCUAAAAAGGGAAUAAAAAUUAAACUUCACAAUAUCAUCUACAAGCUUAUUGAAGACUUGAAGGAAGAGCUAAAUAGCAGGCUACCCCCAUCUGUGCAGGAGAAUACACUAGGGGAAGCUUCUGUUCUCAACAUUUUCUCUGUGACAGUAGGAAAAAACAAAAUUCCAGUAGCUGGAUGCAGAGUACAGAAGGGGCUGCUAGACAAAAAAAUGAAAUUUAAGUUAAUCCGUAAGGGGGAUGUUAUUUGGAAAGGAUCUUUAUCAUCACUGAAGCAUCAUAAAGAUGAUGUCCAGGUAAUAAAAACGGGUAUGGAUUGCGGAUUGAGUUUGGACAAGGAUAUAGAAUUCAAUAUUGGAGAUGAAAUUAUCUGUUAUGAAGAAAAAGAAGUUCAACAGACCACUUCCUGGGAUCCAGGAUUUUAAAACCCAUUUGUGUACGUUAACACUAAAGGACAUGCAUUAUUCCUGGCUGGCCUUCAACUCUUUAACAUUAAAUGAACUUUCAGAGAUACACACGAGCUUCUCUGUAUCUGAUGUUUACGUAACAACAUUCUGCUCUUUAAAUUU